GUACAUGAUGACCACGGAGGCCAGCAUGCCAGACCCACACCCAGAGGCAUAGAAUAAUGAUAGAUAAGAUUGAGAAGCGAAUGAAAGAGCUGCAGGAGAAACUCAACUCGACAGGAGUGGUGAAUCUGGAUUAUUUGAGUAUAAGUUCAAAAAAAUGGCUGCUGCGACUACGACCGAAGACGGAAUCACGCAGGAGGCCAGGGGUCGUCUCAUCUCGGAAGGUCUCCAAUGUUCGAUAUGUUUGGAUUUUUACUGCGAGCCCCUAACCUUACCCGCUUGUGGACACAGCUUUUGUCGACUUUGCCUGUUGCAGAGCACGGUCCUCGCGCCAGACGGCCGCAGCUGUCCGCAAUGUCGGCGACCGAUCAACGAGAUCGCAAACCCUGCCACGCAUAAGGUCGACGUCGGACUCAAGAAACGGGUCUUGCAGGAGGUCGGGGCGAGUGCCUACGCUCGUAGAGAGGGAGAAGAUGCGGCGAAGCUAUUGACCUUGCUAGAACGGGAAAAACAGCGACUGCCAGUGUUCUACAGCGCGAAUUACGACGUUGGAGAGUCGUUGCGGCUGCAUUUUUUCGAGCCUCGCUAUAAGAUUCUGAUUCGACGUGCCUGGGAAGGAAACAAGCGUUUUGUCUGCUCACGGACGGCGCCCCUUGCUGCGGGAGGAGGCGAGCAUGUCCUAGAUAGUGCUGGACACUACUUUUUUGCUGUCCCUCCACUCAUUACUCCGUGUGCGUGAGUAAUUUUAGAAGUAUGAUUUUCUGUGGUUGUAACAGUGCAAAAGUAGAAGUAGUCCUAGAACGACGAGCACAGAAGUCAUAAGUUACAAGUGACAUCAUUGGACGUGGCUUUGUCCUCUACUUUAAAUGUAAAGAGCUGCAAGACUUCUCGAUCUUGAUGUAUAGUUGUUCUGUUCAUUGUUUGCAGGCGGUGGUGUGGUAGUCGAGGUUGACACUGCAAGCUUCCUAGCCGACGGGCGUGCUAAUAUCGUGGGUCGCGCAGUCGCAGAGAUACCUCCAUCUACUCGUUGCUGGAUCGAUGAUGAAGCAAUUCGAUUGUGGUAUGCCGAAAUCGAUCCACAGGCAUCUCAACCGUCCAGUGGAGCUUUAGCGAGGCGCUCUUCUGAGACAAGAAGCCGAUCUUCGUCUCGCGGUAGGACAUCCCCCACGUCUAUAUCUCCAGUCUCUCCUCUCCCUGGCGCUGGUGCUAGAGUAGGAUCAUUGGACGUCAGGGAUACUCAGAAUGCGAUACGCUUGGCCAUACAACAAGGAGCGCCGGUGUACAACAGCGGUGACGUAAAAGGGUGCUACUUUCUCUACCGAAAUGUAGCAGAACAAAUUCUGCUGGGACUAGACGGAGGUCCUACACGUCAGGUAUGAAGAGAUAUUAGACUCCGAAGUCGGGAAAGCCAAGAGAAAAAACUUCUUUGUCUAGCAACAUUACUUCUAUAGAUACUGAAAAACUUCAGCAGGUGGUUGUUUGCUUCCUCCUUCCCAAUACUGGAUGGGUAAUCUUCCAUGACCUUGCCAGACAAGGAGACACCCGCUUUCCCGCUUUUUGUCAGCUUUUAGUUGUUAGUUUAGGCGUAGAGGACGAAGAUGUGCGGGCAAUUAGUCCAGUGCGCUUGUGUCUUGACGCCGCUGUGCAGAAAGCAACACGGUCAGCUGAGGGUGAGCGUCGAAGCGACUUUGACCGCGCUGCAUGGGACAUGCGACGUGGGUUCGAUCGCGUUCUACAGAUGCAAGACGACAAUGUACUAAAUAAUGUUGGAGCAUCAACAUCAUCGUCUAUACUGGAUGGCUUGCAAGCGAGAACCGUUCAGGUGUUUGGGAGAGGAAGCUUGUUCGGAGGAGGUGGUCCUGGUGGUGGUGGUCCUCCGAGCUCUUCUACAGGAGCAUACGACGUCGUGAAUCGAAAUCGUGGCUCUCGAGAAGCGCCACCAACUCCUGUGCUGUGUUUUGCGGGAGGACAAUUCGAUCCUGGGGCACUGAAAGUAGGUGGGCGAGGAAAGUCGCUGCGCCUGUUCGAGCCCAGAUUUCGGAUCGAUUUUUUGUGUGCGGUUGCACAGAAUUCAAGAGCUGGCAAUGUCGUGGGCCAACGUUUUCUGUACUCGCGUGGAAUCCCAGCACCUGGAAGUGCUGCCGUUCUGGCACAAAUCCAAGAUUGUGUUUUUGAUGGCACAAAUCCGUUUCUCCCUUUCCAAGUAAGGUUUGAGGAAGGCGGCGCUGCACGCUUAGCUUUUGUUGGCGUAGCUGAAGUGCGUUUGGUGAAUGUGCUCAGCCAAGUUGACAAUGCAGCGGGUGGACUAGUCUUCGCGUCCUACAGGGUUGUUGCUGGCAUACCUACAGAGUCAAAGAUCACAAACUGCCUCCUAAGAGUUUGCUGUCCAUGCUGCAUUCGGACAAAACGCACACUGCCAACAUAUGAUAACUCGUAGGUUGUAAGUACAUGAUAGUAGGGAUAAACCGGAAAGCUCUUAGGGUCAGGCACACUCGUCAAUCAUUUGCAGAAAAGGUAAGAUUAGCUUACUGGGCAAAACUGGAUGAGAUCAUAUCAGCAUGCAGUGGAACUACACUGUGCCCAUGACCGAGGACGCGACAAGAAUGUCGACGAUCUUAUUGUUUCGCCAUCCUACGCCACUGGUGGUGGUCGUGCUCCGGCUGCCUAGCGGAUCACAUUGGUUCGCUUCUGAGAGGACUGGAGAGCAGUGCGCGAGCGCGUCCAAGUUGAGCUGCCAGGAGUAGAGUGUAAUCUCUCUCCUAUCAUGGAGGGAUAGAGUUUGAG